UGGACAGUCUAUAGGCUCUAUCAUAUUAGACCCUUCAGCUUAUUCCAGAUCAGAGAAAAACCAAAGACAGCCCCAGCCAGUGCCUUCAUGAACUCAAACCCAUGAGCAGCAGGGAUGAGACUGCAGGCCAAAAGGUGGAUUCAUGCACCCCUGCGUUUUCAGUCCGACAUGCUCUGCCUGCCACAGAGCCAGACUUUCUUAAGCUCAGCCAAAGUUCAACCCUGACAUGUUGCUGAUUGUUAUUCUUUUUUUACUGAUGUCUCUCUCACAGGUUUGACUGUGGAUUCCAGGCAUCAUGUGUGUGUCUGCAUGUGUAAGUUAUUUCCAGGGGAGUAGCAGGUUUGUGACGAGACAAUGGUGUGUUUUUAUCUGUGGACAUCAUUAUUCUCAAAAGUAAUCGUCAUGAAUGAGCCGUCGACUAAUCACACCUGACAUUUGGUCAAUGCUGCGAAGACAGACUGCCCUCGCUGAAAAGUUCAAAUAGUCAGCAAGAAUGCGGGGGCUGGCGGGUGGGAGGAUGUCGAGUGUGUGUUUAGUGUGUGUUUGCGUGUGUGGAGACAUUUAAGCUUGUAUGUGGUUUCAGUGGGAGCUCUGCCAGAAACAGGGAGGCAGGGUUUCAGAAUUUGAGGGUUCACACAGCCCUGGAGUGAGGAAGUUCUGCUUUUCAUUACAUCAAACCCAUAUGUUCACAUUGCUGCUCCGCCUCCCAGACUCAACUCUGUCCUGGCAUUGUUAUGUCAGGCAGUCUCUCUCUUACUCCUACAAUCUAGAUAUGCGUGUGAGUGAUUAAAGGGGUAAUAGCGAUAGCAGGGGCAGGGUGCUGGGAAAAUGUGAGAUUUCUGCGUUGCCUUCACUUAAAUGCAUUUGAAUAUCGCUCUGCUAUCCUCUCUGGAGAGACCGGCCAGCACGGCAGAGAAGAGAUGUGAGGUAUAAGGGCUGCACAGCUUCGUAUUUGCUUUAAUCUUAAUCCUAUUUCCCGUUUACAGUUAUAGAAAGACAAUUUCAUUCGUUUGAAGAAAAAGCAGCGAGCGAAUGUUUUCUGUAACAACCGAACACGAGGCUCCAUUAGCUGGUGUUAUUAUGGCUAUAUUAUAAUGAGAUGAUCUUAUGCGCUAUUUGACUCCCAAGAAAGCAAAGCCAGCACAUUUAGUGAUGAUCCUUUUGCUUAUAAAUGCAUGUAUGAUGUAGUAUAUAGUUGCACAUGGCAUAUUACUUAUAGAAUAAUGUGUGUCACUGUAUUCGGCACAUGGAAAUGAUAUGGGUGCAUCGUGUUUGUAGGGACAAGUCGAAAGGGAAUAAAAUAAAUCAGAGAUAGUGUUGUGUUUCCUCCUAGACUAUAAAAAAAACUUUUUGUGGGAGACGCUCACUUUUUUUUUGAGGGAAGCACUUGUUCUGACUUUGAAGUGCUUCAUUUUUUUUUUUACGGCUGGGCCAUAUAGCUUUGAUGAAAACCUCCACACUGAGGGGCCUUGGCAACACAGGAGCCUCAGUUAUUUAUGAAAUGAGGUGGUAAGAAGCCAAUGAAUCUUACACACACACUUUGGCUCAAACUCCAGCAAUGUAAAACAAGUUCCUCGGGGUAUAUUUUAGACAGAGAUAAAAGAAAGAAAAAAAACACCAAUACAGUACGGUCGUGAAAAACUACACCACGGUACAGGACAAUGGAUUUCCAUGACUUUUCCAGGACUUUAGACCAAAUUUCCAUGACCAAACUGAAAUCUCGGUAUAAACAUGAAAACUGUAGAACAUUUUGCGUAUUGAGAGCUACCGCUGGCUUAUAUUUUGAGCGUCUUUCUUUAAAAAAUAUAUUAAUGAUUUCAAACUCGGCGUGAAUGAACAUGUGAUUUUAACAAAUGUCCAUGACUUUUCCAAAUCUUUUAUGAUUUAAGUUUUUUCCAUGACUUUUCCAGGCCUGGAAAUGACCAUUUUAAAAUUCCAUGACUUUUCCAGGUUUUCCAUGACCGUACGAACCCUGCAGGAAAGCUUCAGUGUUGUUGUAAAGAAGAGCCUCGAAUCUGUCGGCUGGUCCCGAGCGGCCAUUCCUUUGUCCCGCUGCAUACAUAAGGCCCGGUGGUGGGUGGAUAAGUGAAGUCACAUGGUCACUUUUCCCUUUUUUCCCACACAAACACUCCCACACCCUCCUCCAUGCAGCCGCUCUCCGCUCUUCUUCAUCUCGCCGCUCACCCGCAGCAGCAGGCAGCCCGCUCCGCCUGGAGACCGUAGCGGCGCCAAGUUGCGCUUCUUUCGCACAAUGUGUCCGAGUCGGGAGUAAAAUAUCCCGGAGCCUCUUUGUCGGAAAGGAAAGUCGACACCCCCGGAGCCGGUGAACCCGCGAAUUGAGCACGUUUGUUUUCAGAUCCCAGAGGAAGAGUAGGAGGCUGCGCAGCGAAGACAUGAGCCUGGUGGAGGUGAGGCAGGUGGCGGGGUCCCUCACCCUGUCCCUGUCCAACAACGACCCCAAGGAGCGCUACUUGGGCCGAGUGGAUGACAUUGACCUCCGCAGCAAGAACUUGUCGCCGGACCUGAGGCAGGACUUCAACAUGAUGGGGCAGAAGAAGAGAGUCACCCAGAUCUUGCAGAGUCCAGUGUUUAAAGACGAGUUGGAAGGUCUGAUUCAGGAUCAGAUGACGAAGGGCAACAACCCGACAGGUCUUCUGGCUCUGAGGCAGAUUGCUGACCUGGUCAUGGCCAGCACCCUGGGAGGGGCUGGACCUCUGACUUCACCCAUCAGCAUCGGGAUGGUGACUCCAGUCAACGACUUGUUCGGCAUGGAGUCUCCCUCCUUCGCCAAAGGGGAGAGACAGAGUCGCUGCGGGCUGGCCGGCCUCUACAGGCUUGUCGACCUCUUCAGUUGGGCUCGUUUUACGACCUCCUACAAUACUGUGCGUGUGAGUAAAGAGCAGGACCAUGUUCUUAUUAGUCCACGAGGUCUGUCUUUCGCUGAGGUGACGGCAGCAAAUUUGGUGAAAGUAAACAUAAUUGGUGAGGUGGUGGACCAGGGUUCUACUGAUCUGGGCAUCGACCACUUUGGGUUUGCUCCUCAUGCCGCCAUUUACUCGAUGCGCCCCGACGUGAGAUGCAUCAUCCAUAUACAUACCCCCGCUACAGCUGCUGUGUCCGCGAUGAAAUGUGGAGUCCUGCCCAUUUCCCAGGAGGCUUUGCUUCUUGGCGAUGUGAGCUGCUGUGGUUACCAUGGCAGCCUGGAUAAUAAAGAGGAGAAGGUGGAGUUCCAGAAAGCUCUGGGCCCGACUGCCAAGGUGAUCAUCCUGAGGAACCACGGGCUGCUCGCUUUGGGAGAAACCAUAGAAGAGGCUUUUCACUACGUGUACCACUCGCAGCAAGCGUGUGAAAUCCAGGUGAACGCUUUGGGCUGUUCAGGCAGCCUGGACAACCUCGUGCUCCUGGACAGAGAGAAGUUCAAGCCCCUGACCCAGCGGGUGGCCGCUGCCGGGUCGGUGAUGGACAACGAGGUCAAGUGGAAAGUGGGCGAGGCCGAGCUCGAGUCUCUCAUGAGGAUGCUGGACAACCUGGGAUACAGAACAGGCUACUCCUAUAAGAACCCCAUUGUCCGUGAAAAACCCCGCUCUAAGAAUGACGUGGAGAUCCCCGCCACGGUGUCAUCUGUGUCGCCGGAGGACGGCGAGCCGGGUCUGCGAAGCCCCUUCAAGUUCAUGGCGCAGAAGCAGCAGCGAGAAAGGACCCGGUGGCUCAACUCGCCCAACAGCUACCUGAGGGUCGAUGUUCCUGAUCAUUCGCCCAGCGGGGAUGUCAGCCCCAGGACCAAGACCAUGUGGAUGAAGUCGUCCGAGCCCGGCAAUAACAUCGGCACAUCAAUAAAGAUCGAGGACCCCAACCAGUUUGUCCCACUCAACACUGAUCCCACCGAGGUUUUGGAUAAGAGGAACAGGAUAAAAGAACGGCACAGAGGUGACCUGAUGACUUCGGGACCAAAAUCUCAGUUACUAUCAGGCAUCGUUGUGGACACCAUAAAAGGCCCAGCGUUCAUCGUCGAGGACGAGGAGCAGACUCGCUCUCUUCCGCCCAACCCUUUCAACGGCCUCACGGAGAGAGUGCUGGAGGAAUACAAGAGCCUGGUGGAGCGAAAGCAGCUCGGCCAAGAAGAAGACGACGACGCCACUGACGCAGAGGAGAUGACAACAUUCGACGGCUCGACGAUCUCCCUCUCUCUCUCCCCCGUGAUGACGCCGGCUAAACAAGACCCAAUGCCCAACGGGAAAGACCGCUCGGAGGAGACGGACGAGGAUCUGAGCGUCGAGGUAUCCAAGCUGAGCUUGAGCCCGUCGGAAACGGUCGACGUCUCCGUCGCGCCGAAUGAGAAGUCGCCCAAGAAGAAGAAAACCAAGUUCCGCACACCUUCGUUCUUGAAAAAAAGCAAGAAACGGAAGGAUGAGAAAGAAAAAGAAAAAGCUGAGGCCUGAGGUCGUUUACUCUGUGAAAGAAAAAAACCAAUUAGUGUUUGGCUCGCAAAACAUCUGGAUUGCCUGCGUAGUUUCAAUCUCGUUGAAGUGAAAUAUAUUUUAAAAAAUAGACUUGUCGUUUAGUCAGAAGGUCUCAAGGGACCGGGUUGUUUUUAAAGCCUUCCCUCAUUCACAGCUAUUAUUUAAUGUGAAAGUUUUUCCAAGAGGUGCCAGCAAAUGGUAAUAGGAAAUUCCCCCCCCACGAGAACCUGUGAUUAACCGCUCCCAAAGGGCUCCGUCAAAACUAAUCAAAUGUGAACGCUAAACUGCUAAUCUGGGGUUAUUACCCAUAUUUUAAUGGGAUUUAAAAUCAGCGGUUAUGGAAACAUCAGAUUGACAGUUAGGUUCUUGUGAUUUUUUUUCUUCUUCUUUUUGCACAAGUUCAUUGUUGAAUGUAUACUAAAAGCUAGGAAAAUAGUUUUUUAUAAUUCUUACAUAUUACAAUCACACGAGUCGUGUGUAACAGUGACUGAACAUACUAAGAUUAGACAACGUUCAGCCUUAUAAGAAGUACGAACAUAUUCAUAGUACCAAUACUAAUACUACCUUGUCAUAAUAUAUGUCGGUUCAUAUUUUAGGUAUUACAAUAUAGUGUUUGUUAGUUAAAUACAUGAUUUGAUAGUCUGCAUAUUUACUUACUACUCUUAUUCUAGACAUGCUGUGAUGGAUUAUUCAGCUUUUUUACAUUUGUUGUGAGGUAUUGUUCCCACGCUUGCUGCUUUAUUGUAAUUGUGACAAGGAAUCGACUGUGACGAACAGAAAGAGCCCUGCAAAGUGAUGAUUGUUCCAUAUUGAGGUUUAUGAAUGGAAAAGUUUGACUUUUACAGAAAUGACAGAAAAGCUCGGCUUGUUUGGACGAUGAGAGCGAAUUCCCGGGAAUCGCAGACGGUCGAAAGCGAUCGAUGUUACGAUUUCAUUUUGUUAUUUGAUGGCAAUAAGCUGCGGAAAGCCACCGGUAGAGUUUGAUACAAAGAAUAUUAGAGGACCAGACAUAUAUAUGAACAUCCCAGUCAACAAUGUGAAUGAUGUGUUUUGACCCUGAGGGAGGGAACUCUGCCUUUGUAAAUAGUUUGUGUUUUUGUGAAGUUCUUUUGUUUCGCAGAACCAAAUGUGGAACAAUGAGACGUAGAAAUGUGACAGUACAAUCUAAUAACUAUAUUUUAACACUUAUGUUAUCCUUUUAAUUCCACUAGGUUAAGCUCCCUUGAGUGAACAUGUGCAGCGUGUCCACAGGUUGUCUCACUCGUGUCCCGUGUGCUCAAAAUCUGUCUUGAAAAUUGCCUUCCGCCUGAUGUAAUAAAAGCUUGAAUAUGUUCCUUUAACUGCUUUAUUGCUCCAUUGCUUAUUGACUAAAAUGUACGCAGCGUUAUCAUUCCUUAUGUUAUACUCAUAUACAGUUGUGGAGACGUUGUUUUUUUCUUCAUGUUGUUGGGUACUUUGCAUUUAUUUCAGUCUGGUGUGAUGUGAAACUCGAGCUAAAUAUCCAGUUCGAAGAGACGACAACGACUCAAGUACAAAAUAAAGCUUUGUAGAGACGGUGUA